AUGCCAUAUUUCAGGUCAAUGGAUAAUCCAGAUACCCAUGAAUUAUAUGACAACUUUCAAAGAUAUGGUGUGCCACAGCUCAGAGAAUUCCUACGAAAAAGGGGUCUUCCUGUUUCAGGACGGAAGGAUGAGCUCGUUGCCUUGGCAUAUGCUGCAUCCCUGAUGAAAUUAUCAUUAGUUGCAACAGCUGCAGAGAAGUCAGCAGACAGAGAACAACAAUAUGCAGCAACACUGAUGGUGGAUGGAGAGAGACUUCCAGAUCCUUUUAUUGAUCUCAAGUCUUGUUGGGAGGAUGAGAACACUUCCAUUUCAAAGUGGCCUCCAACUAUGAUAACUGAUGUUCAGUUGUAUCUACAGCGCCAUGAAACAGACGUAGAAAGUGCCAACCUGUCAAAGAGACUGUUAAAGGAUUACAAAGAGGGGAAAGCAUUCAGCUACUUUUCAUCUCAAUUUCUCUUUGAGAUAUUUUAUCACCCAAUAUCUACUAAUAGUCCCUACUGUUUCUUGAAAACAAAGUGUACGCCAUCCCAAAGGAUCAGUCAUGAACCUCACAAUGUGUGGGUUGCAAUAAAUAAAGAGAGUGGAGAAAUUAAGAGUUCCUAUUGCACAUGUGUAGCUGG